GAGGACCAGAUCCAGAGGGACCUUACGAUGAACAAGUUUGACUGGGACCAUCCUCUACAUCUUCAGCCCAUGAGCCCCACCACCGUUAAGCAAGUGAGUGUGGUUUGGGAUGCCUAUGAAGCAACAAAAGAUGCCCAUGGAAUCUGUAUUCUGACGGAGUGGGAUGAGUUCAAGACCCUGGAUUACCAAAGGAUAUAUGACAACAUGCAGAAACCAGCUUUUGUUUUUGACGGAAGGAACAUUGCGAAUGUGGAUAAGCUGAGGGAGAUUGGUUUCAUUGUUUACUCAAUUGGCAAGCCACUCGAUCCAUGGCUCAAGGACUUACCUGCUGUGGCAUAAAUAUGAUCAUGCAUCCAAUGGUUCGUGUUGGCUUUUAAUUUGAUUCUUUAUUAUUUUUUCUUAGUGAGAUUAUGUUGCUUCUUGCUUUCCCAUACUAGUCAGGAUAAUUGGACUCACCAAAAUGGUGAGAGCAAGAGGCUGUGUUUUGCCUUCAGUUGUCGUAUUUGAUGAUAUCGCCAAAUCUUUUACUUCUUGUUAGAAAACUUGUAUGAAAUAUCAUUAAUUUUUUAAAUAAAAUCUUCUCUACAGU